UUUUAAAUUUUGAUCCAUCAAUUCUCGUGUUCGGUCACAGAAUCCAACCUACGCAAAGAUGAUUAUUUUAUCCAUAAUUACAUAAACAAUUAAUCAAGAGAGAGAGAUUCAUCAGACGACACGAGUCGCUUCCACUCAAGAUUCGUUCGUUGUUGGGUUUGGUUCGAUCCAUCGACCUAUUUCGGAAAUCUGUUCCUCCGGAUAAAAAAAAGCUCUGUUCUCUCUCUCUCUCUCUCUCUCUCUCUCUCUGUGGACGAGCUUCAUGGGUUCUUCCCUUUGAUUCUGCAGCUGGUGAUGUUUCAUCACAGUUUGAUUCUGCAUGCUUCAGAUUUCUUCAGUGACCCCGAUGGUUCGUCAUUUUCCGGGAAAGUAAGCGAAAUCCCCCGAAAGGCGUCACCUUUGUAUGGCCCAUUUUCUCGGGAAAAAUUUUUCAUGUCUUCGGAUAAACACCCUUUGAUUGCUCGUUUUCCAAGCUCCCAGUUAUCAUUCCGUCUCAUUGAAAGAUAUUUGGACUGAAGCCAGCAUGCAUGUACCUGAAUCAGCCUUUCAGACACGGAUUUGGUGACAAGUAGUUCGGAUUCGUGUUCUUGUUAGCUCUCUGAUAUACGGAUUGUUGUAUAGGUUAUGGAACAUGCUUUGCCGUCUAUGAAAUCGAUCAAGUCAUGGAAAUCACUUGUGAAACGAAGAAACACUUCACAGGAAGGGGUUAAAUCGGGGUGGAAAAUGAAGCCGUUUAUGGCGAUCCUUUGUACCGUUCUGUUGAUCGUUUGGUAUAAGACAACUAACAUUCAGUAUGAGCAGACAGAGAUGGAAGAACAAGAUUAUCCUCUUGAAAUGGCAAAGGAAUCUGAACCGGAUAAUGAAUGGUUGAAAGGCUUACCUCUCGGUAUAAGACACUCGAGGUCAGAUUUGGAGUUGAAGCCUCUUUGGUCCAGAAGUAGCUCGAGGUUAAAGGAAGGCGAAUUGACCAACCGUAACUUGUUGGCAAUGCCGGUAGGUAUUACGCAAAAGGACAAUGUCGAUACCGUUGUACAAAAGUUUCUACCAUCGAAUUUUACCGUUAUUCUGUUCCACUACGACGGGAAAAUGGAUAACUGGUCGGAUCUAGUGUGGAGUUCGAAGGCUAUACAUAUAGUUGCACAGAACCAGACAAAAUGGUGGUUUGCGAAACGUUUUCUUCACCCCGAUGUAGUGUCCAUCUACGAUUACAUAUUUCUUUGGGAUGAAGAUCUCGGUGUGAAGAAUUUUAAUCCCGAAAGAUACCUUAGGAUCAUUAAAUCAGAAGGGCUGGAGAUAUCUCAGCCUGCUUUAGACCCGAACUCUACCGAAAUUCAUCAUAGGAUCACAGUUCGUUCUCGAUCAAAACGAGUUCAUCGGAGAGUUUACGAUCAUAGAGGCAAUAUGAAGUGUUCCAAUGCUAGUGAAGGUCCUCCUUGUACAGGAUUUGUGGAAGGAAUGGCUCCGGUUUUCUCGAGAGCUGCAUGGUUUUGCACUUGGCAUCUUAUACAAAAUGAUCUUGUUCAUGGAUGGGGAAUGGAUAUGAAACUUGGGUAUUGCGCACAGGGCGAUCGAACGAAGAAGGUCGGGAUCGUGGACAGCGAAUACGUCUUUCAUCACGGGAUUCAGACACUAGGUGGCAGUGGACACCCCGAGAAGAAGACUGCAGCUCGAAGCGUAUCGUCUCGGAGACGUGGCUCUGCAACUUUCGAUUCAAGAACAGAGAUAAGGAGGCAAUCGACAUGGGAGCUGAAAGCGUUCAAAGAGAGAUGGAACAGAGCAGUCGAGGAAGACAAGAGCUGGGUCGAUCCCUUCCCUCCCCGACUGUCUCUUCAGAGACGGAAUCGAAUAUCCAGACGGAUCCCUUCUUAAAUACGCAUUUGAAAAAAACAGAAGUUAUAUAUGUAUACACACACACACAUGGUUAGUACUGUAGCUUAUGUGUUGUAGUUUCUUUGUAGAUUUUGGUCUGGUCCCAUUGUUUCAGGACAUAUAAUUUCUAAUAUAUAUAUAUAUUUAUAUAUA